GAACCUCGACGGAAUCCCGUCCGCCAAAAUUCCAAGCCUAUCGUAGCUAUCGAUGGUGGGGCAUGCACGAUAAGGAAGAGCUCCACCGAAAUUUUUGCGGCGAGUCUCGUCUUGGGGAGCGUCAAUUGGAGUCGAAGUUGUAUCCGUACUUCGGCAACCGAAACAGCUACUAUCACCAGACAUCAACAUGGCGAAGCGGCGGUCAAAAAGGAGAACCCAUGUUGGCGCAAAUAACCCAGCCAACCCGGCAGCGGUCAAUGGCCACAUCAACCCACGAGAUCCGAAGAGCAUGGUUAUCCGAAUAGGCGCCGGCGAGGUUGGGACCAGUAUCAGUCAGCUGGCCACAGAUGUCCGGCGCGUCAUGGAGCCGGGAACAGCAUCGCGGCUCAAGGAGCGAAAGGCCAACAGGUUACGCGACUAUGUCACCAUGUGCGGUCCGCUCGGAGUUUCGCACCUCCUCCUGUUCUCGAGAUCUGAAUCGGGGAAUACGAAUCUUCGCCUUGCCAUUACACCUCGGGGGCCUACCUUCCACUUCAGAGUCGAGAAGUACUCUCUGACCAAGGAUGUCAGGAGAGCGCAGAGGCAUCCCAAGGGUGGGGGAAAGGAGUACAUCACGCCUCCACUGCUCGUCAUGAACAAUUUCAGCAAUCCGAACGCGGACGCAAACUCCAAGGUUCCCAGACACCUCGAGUCCCUCACCACAACCGCAUUCCAAUCCCUCUUUCCACCAAUCAAUCCCCAGACAACGCCUCUGAAGUCGAUUCGAAGAGUAUUGCUUCUGAACCGCGAACAGUCCGCAGAGGAUGAUGGCACAUUCAUCGUUAACUUCCGGCACUACGCCAUUGCGACGAAGGCAGUAGGCCUCUCAAGGCCACUACGCCGGCUCAAUGCGGCAGAGAAGAUGCUGAAGUCCAAGAAGGGCAAGAAAGGAGGUCUCCCAAACCUGGGAAAGCUGAAGGAUAUCUCAGAAUUCAUGAUUGGUGGCGAGGAUGGCGAGGGCUACAUGACAGAUGGCACGAGCGGCAGUGAACCGGAUACCGACGCCGAGGUUGAGGUCCUUGAGACGACUACCAAGAGAGUUCACAGCGGCAAGGCUAGGGGUGCGAACCAUGACAGUGAUGAGGAGGAUGAGGGUCGCAACGAUCAUGUCGAGCGGCGGGCCGUGAAGCUGGUCGAGCUGGGUCCGCGGAUGCGGCUGCGCAUGACCAAGGUUGAAGAGGGACUCUGUUCCGGCAAGGUCAUGUGGCAUGAGUACGUGCAUAAGACGAAGGAGGAGAUUAGGGAGCUGGAAAAGCGAUGGGAGCAGCGCAAGAAGGAGAAAGAGGCUCGUAAGAAACAGCAAAAGGAGAACGUGGAAAAGAAGCGCAAGGCAAAAGCGGACAACAAGAAGUCUUCUGGCGAUGCCGAGGGUGAGAAUGAUGACGAUGAAAUGGAUGUCGAUGAGUAUGACAGCGACCUGUAUGAUGAGGACGGGUUCGAUAGCGAAGGUCUGGAGGGCGACGCUGAAGAGCAGGUCAAUGCCCGGAUGGAGGAGGAAGGCGACUGGGAGGACGAAGAAGAAGAGAUUGCUGAAGGCAGGGCCUCUAAAAGGAAAUCUCUCAAGAGAUAGUUCAGUACUUGCUAUAUACGCAUUGUUCGCCUUUUCUCUGUCUUAUUUCCAUCAGAUUGGCUCAUUAAAAUGGCCUCGUUAAAGUCCUUUCAUGUCUUGUUUCCGAGACCCGUGCCAUAUAUGGCGAGAAUCAAUGGCGACAACCGGCCCUCCUGCACUAUUCCAUGUGCUGCCCGGCGUUCGAAGCACAGACACGAAGUGACG